AUGUCUUCCACAAAACCAACCUCGCUCAUUGUCUCUGUCACUUUCUUCUUCUCUCUCCUCCUCCAGUCCUCCUCGGCACAAACCGUCGUGAAAGCUUCAUACUGGUUCCCGGGGAGUGAAUUUCCGGUCACGGACAUUGACUCAUCUCUUUUCACUCACCUUUUCUGCGCUUUCGCUGACCUCAACUCUCAAACCAAUCAAGUCACUGUCUCCUCCGCAAACCAACCGAAAUUCUCCACUUUUACGCAAACCGUCCAACGGAGAAACCCUUCUGUUAAAACCCUUUUGUCUAUCGGCGGUGGAGCCGCUGAUAAAACCGCGUUUGCGUCCAUGGCGAGUAACCCCACUUCUCGAAAAUCGUUCAUUGAUUCUUCGAUUAGACUCGCUAGAUCUUAUGGAUUCCACGGUCUUGAUCUUGAUUGGGAGUAUCCAAGCAGUGCAACGGAGAUGAACAAUUUCGGGACGCUACUUCGAGAAUGGCGAUCUGCGGUUGCGGCAGAAGCCAGUAGCAGCGGUAGACAGCGUUUGCUUUUGGCGGCUGCGGUUUUCUACUCCAACAAUUACUAUUCGGUACUGUACCCGGUACAAGCCGUUGCCGCUAGCUUGGAUUGGGUAAAUCUUAUGGCCUAUGAUUUCUAUGGACCGGGUUGGUCUAGAGUGACCGGUCCACCAGCCGCUCUGUAUGAUCCUUCAAACGCAGGUCCAAGCGGCGACGCCGGAGUAAGGUCGUGGACUCAAGCCGGGCUUCCGGCGAAAAAAGCAGUCUUGGGAUUUCCAUACUACGGCUACGCGUGGCGACUCUCAAACGCCAACAGUCACAGCUAUUACGCGGCUACAACCGGAGCGGCGAUAUCACCGGACGGUUCGAUUGGAUACGGUCAGAUAAGGAAGUUUAUAGUGGAUAACGGAGCAACGACGGUUUAUAAUGGCACAGUGGUCGGAGAUUACUCUUACGCCGGAACAACUUGGAUCGGGUAUGACGAUAAUCAGAGUAUCGUGACGAAAGUGAGAUACGCUAAGCAGAGAGGUUUGCUUGGUUACUUCUCGUGGCACGUUGGUGCUGACGAUAAUUCUGGUCUAUCUCGUGCAGAAAGUAUUCCAAAUGCCGCCUAA